AUGGUUCUAUUAGACGAGAAGGGUGGAAGGAUACAUGCUACUGUCAAGGGAACUCUGAAUGUCCGUAAAAAAAUUUGCGAAGGGAUGCCAACUAGACAUGAUUAUCGGCUAUCGUUCAACUUGAGGACCGAUGUUAAAUCGACUGAAGAUGCUACUAUUCCUGCUAAUGGAUUUAGUUUUGUUGAUUUUGACGUGAUAGAGAGGGAAUCAACUGACUCUCCUUAUUUAGUAGACGUCAUCAGUUUGCUGUCAUGUAUUGGAGACGUUCGUGAGCAUGUUGUGUCUGGCAGAAAAACAAAAAUGGUUGUGUUGGAACUUGAUGACCUCUGGGGUCACAAGCUCGAAUGUACUUUGUGGGAGCAGCAUGUAGAUAAAGUUCAGUCAUUGUUGGAAAAUAACGAUUCUCCUCAAAACGUUGUGAUCGUCCAGCUUGCAAGGAUUAAGGGUUUCAGGGGUAAGAUAGGGAUAACAAAUACAAAAUAUACGACGAGAAUUCUAUUUGAUUCUAGUCUUCCUGAAAUCGUGGAGUUCAAAAAUAAGCUGUCGUAUCCAAUAGAUAACAGUAUGAGGUUGACUCAGUUGUCCAGCCAAUCGUCGUAUUCUUUGGAAAAUGAUUUUCUGAAAGACACAGAGAGAAAGUCUAUUUGUGAUAUCAAGAAUUGCAGUGAGAUUACUACUUGCAUUACUUAUGGAACAAUAAAAUCAAUUGAGUCGAAGUUUAGUGUUCAAGUCAGGGUGGUAGGUAACACAGAUUCUGCCUCUUUCAUACUGUUUGAUAAAGACUGUGUAGCUUUAUUAGGAAUGGGUGCUGCUGAAAUACGGGAACAACAUUUCAAGCGGGGUGCUGAUUUGGAGCUCUAUCCAGAAGAACUGAACAUUCUCAAUGAGAAAUCCAUGUUGUUUAAGGUCAAUGUGAAAAAAAAGCAUUUAGACUCAUUGAACGAGCCAAAAUAUCAAGUUUCAAGGGUUUGCAACAGCGAAUCUAUUAUCCAGUCAUUUCUUAAGUCUGUGAUGGAGUUUAAUGAUGAGACCUUGUUUGAUAACACCGAGGACAAUGAUGUUGUAUCACAAGAACGUGGACGAGAUGUUGAGAGUCAAACCUGUGAGAGUACAGGAGAUGCAGAUGUGUCUCUGUCUUUGUUGUCACCCUCUCCGAAUUUUCUUAAUAGUGUUGAAGCCAAGUGUAAUUCUUCUAUUGAUGCUAAUUCUGAACUUGAGGACAACGAAUUCUCACCUGAUAUUUUAAAUACCUUCUCAUGCUCGGGUCUUCCUGAACAUAAAUUAACUCUUAAGGUUAAUGUGCCAGUUAUGCUGUUGAGAAAUAUUGAUCAAUCAAGAGGUUUGUGCAAUGGCACAAGACUGCUCAUUUCACGAUUGGGCAGUCAUGUUGUUGAGGCAACUGUUCUUACAGGAAGCAAUAUAGGUGAGAGUGUUUUGAUCCCUAGAAUGACGAUGAGCCCAUCCAAUCAUACAUUUCCUGUAUAUUUCCAAAGAAGACAAUUCCCUUUGACUGUUUCAUUUGCCAUGACUAUCAACAAGAGUCAAGGACAAUCUCUUUCUCAUGUUGGCAUUUAUCUCCCUAAACCUGUCUUCACUCAUGGACAAUUAUAUGUGGCACUAUCUAGAGUAAAGAGUAAACAGGGAUUGAAGAUAUUGAUACUUGAUGAUAAUAGUUGUGUUACAGAGAACACCUUUAACAUUGUCUACAAGGAAGUAUUUCAAAAAUUAGUGUAG